AUGACGCUUUGUGAAUGUAUCGCCCUUCUUUCGUGCUUCAGCCGUGCCGAAGAUGGCGGCGAUCUGACAGAAUUCGACCGCCCUCAGGUCCGCACGCCCAGUGGAAAGGCAGCGGUCGCAAGUGGCGUGGUGGACUUCGAGAAUGCGCAGCCGGCGAAAGAGAGCGAUCUCUAUCCUUGGGGAAGCGUCACCAAGAUGUUCACCGCGGCCUCGGUGAUGAAGCUCGUGGGCAGCGGAAAGUUCCGAUUGGACGAUGCGAUCGCGCCGCUCGUGGAUGACUUGCUGGGGAAGAUGGCGGCCAAGGACCCUAGCCAGAACUUCAGCAGUGUGGAGGAGUUGUGGGGUGCCGACUUGGCCAAGACGACCUUGAGGCAGCUCUUGAGCAUGCAGUCGAGCAUCCCAGACUUCGACACGGCCACUCCCUCCAAGGGCGGCGGCAUCUCCAAGGAUCCGCUGAGGGCCGAGCUCUACACCACGCCCAAUCACUUCUACAAGCCGACGGAGCUCAUGAGCGUCCCGUGGGUGGCCAACCACUCCAAGGAUUGCCAAGCGCAGCCCUUCGUGGGGAAGUUCUGCUACAGCAGUACGAACUUCAUGUUGUUGGGCAUGGCCUUGGCCCAAGCCACUGGAGUGGACAGCUGGGCGGCCUUCAACCAGACGGCUUUCCUGCCCGACUACUUGCAGAACCAGAUCAGGUUUGCCAACUCUGGCUCCCCCAAGGACGCCGGGAGUGUCCCCGGCUAUGAUCGCACUUCCUACAACCGGGCGCCUGGUAACCUCAGCAACCACAACAACUGGGAGGUGGAGGGCGUGUUUGCCGGGUGGACCGCCAGCAACGUGGUGGCCACCGCGGCGCACAUCGCAGAUCUCAGCUGGGAGAUUUGGAAGGAGCACUCUCUGGCACCAGAGGCGUUGGUGAAGCAGAUGAUCCCCUCGGCGAUGCACAUCUACGGUAUGGGCGCCUUCAAUGUGGGCCUCUUCUCUGGUGGCGUGCGAGGGCCUUUAGGCCAGGGCUAUGGCCAUCUGGGAGCCACCUACGGGUACCAAAGCAUCGUUGGCUUCUUCCCUGCGCUGACCGUCUCGGUAGCAAUUGCCACCAACAUUGAGACGGACAAGCAGGUGCGUGGCAUCUGUUGAGCAUGUUGCCCAAAAGGGAGGGCGCUGCGUGUGAUCCCGGUGCAAGGGCUGCAAGGCCUACCCAAGAGAACAGUCUUGAAGGGAAUUGGGUGGCUUGUAGUUCUCUUGGAUUGCUGUUGCUUGCUCGUGGUGAGGACGGGAUAAUUUUUCUGGCGCACCCGACAGUUCAAGGACGGUCCCAAUUCGCCCUUACUAAGAAUGGCCAUCAACCCCUUUCCAUGUGGUUAGCUUCUGGGUCUUAGACGUGGGAAACUAACUCAACAAUUCGAAAUAGAGAAGCUGUAGGAAAACCUGGUCUUUUGCGUGACUCGGACCCGUGAAUUCCUGGGUUGCUUCCCCGCUGGCUUCUUGCGACGAGGUGGCUGCAACGACCAGGAAAUAGGUCGACCCAGACGAGAAAGCCAUAGGUCCAACAUGGGGGGGCAGGUAAGGUGGGUUUUUCGAGCACUUCCCUCCCUGGAUCCAACCGCUUCCAGAGGUGCAUGUCUUGUGAGUUUUGCCACGGAUGUGUAACCCUCACCGAGGUGCAGACGCCCGAUAGUCUUUGCUUCACCUACCAUGCGGUGGCAGGCCUGCUCAUGAACAAGACCUUUGACUGCAAGUUCCAGACCAUGGGCUACUACGGGGGCCGCUGUACUUGCUCCGAGACACCGGCUCCUUCGGGUUCUGCCUCCCAUGCUGCCAUCGUUUGAGAGUUGGCUGCGUAGCAUGCGCCGCAUGCCAUCAUGCUGGGUCCUGGAGCCGUUGCGAGAUGAGAGCGGCAC